UUUUUUUACACCGAUUGCUUUUACACCCAUAAAGGCUGUAAAACCAAUCAUUUCUCCUUCUCUCUGGCUGCAUUCUUGCAGCCAUGGAGAAGUACUGUGAGAGCUGUGAUUGGUCACAGCUUGUCACAUGGUACAAGGCUUUUGUGAAUAGCCUUGUACCAUGUGACCUCUGUGAUCAUUCACAGAUUUCACACGUAGUAAGCAAUGAUGUCACAAGUGACAUCUUGCUUACUACUUUGCAUGUGAUCACUGAUUGGCCAAUCAGUGAUCACAUGAUCGGGACCUCGUACAGAGGUCCCGUCCGACGAUCGGUG